AUGCCUAAAUCACUCAUGCAAAACGAAGAGAGUGAAAACGAGUUUAGCAGUGCGAAUGAAAACAGUAAUCUAAGUGGAAUUAAUCCACUUGUGCCGUCGAAUCAAUCGAAUCUCUUUCGGCAAACAUCGCAAGUGUCAGGAUUAUCAUCGGCUUUCAAUCAAAACUCAUCUUCAUCAACAUCGUCGAUAGUUAAUUUAAAUGGAAGUACAUUAAACAACAACAAUUCAAGUCAAAACUCAAAUGCAAGUAGUGCAAGUGCAAAUAAAAAGUUUCGUCAUCAACAUUUCAGUAAAAAUAUUUACAUUGGAACUAAGAAUGCUGAACGAUGGGAUUCUUUGAGAAAUCUUUUUCAAUUUAAAAACGAUGUUGAAUUUGUGUCAUUUCUUUUGACAUCUGCUGAAAAUGAAGCUCGAUCCCACAAGAAUGGAUUCAAAAUGCCGUGUUUUCAAAAGGAAAGUAAUUACACAGAAAACAGCGAAGAUUAUGAGAAAGAGCAAUCAACGUCGUCGUUUUCUCAAAGUUGUCUUCAACAACAGAUUCACGUAAAAGUUCCCGAUGAAAUUCUUCAAAAUGUCAACCCACAAGUCGUCACACCAAAGAAAGUGAAGAGAGUACAAUUCAAGGAUAAUGUGAAUAUAAUAAACGAAGAAAUAUCAAAGACUCAAGAAGCGUCUUUAAAAGUAUCAACGUCUAGUGAUAAUAACGCUCAAGAUCAUUCGAUAAGCAGCACAAUUGAUGGGUCAGUGUCGUCUGAUGAAUCGAAUAACACGACAGAGAUUCUUGAUUGCAGAAUUGAAGAAAAAAUAAAAAAUGAGUUGGAAGAGAAACAAAAGCUUAUCAACUAUGGACGUAUAAGUGGAUCAAGUAGUCGAGGUCGAUAUGAUGAAGCACCAACACCUCCCCCAAUCAGUUCAAGUUUGAGAGAAACGCCGAUAAGUGAAGGUGAAGAUGAUGAAAUGGAUGAGAAAUCUGAAUCGAUCCGACCCAUUCUAAGUAAGCGAAGAUUCUAUGACAUUCGAAAAGCACCGACAAUGUUGGAUGUUCAGUUAAAUACUUUAGCAGAACCGAAUCAUGAGAAAAGCGUAUUCGAUUUCAAAGAAGAUGAUGACGAUGAUGAUUGUGAAGGUCGACUUGAGAUCAACAGCGAUUUCAUGAUUCGAGAUAGAAAAUCUGCUGUUAAUAAGAAAUCAUAUAAAUCAAAAUUAUGUUACGCAUGCAACACAAAACAUGGAAAGGAAACUUGUCCCAUUCGAAAUCCACUUUCAUCAAUUUGUAAUCAAAUUGAUUUUGCUGAUUGGAUUCAAGAUCAUCCGAUAAUUGAACCUGUAAGAAUUAAUUACGAUGAUCAACCUCUUGAAGACGAGAAAUUAUUUUACGAUGAUUCAAUAAAAUCUGAAAAUGAUUUAAAUGAGUUGGAUGAUGAUAUGGAAGAUGAUGAAGAACCGGACAACAAGCCCAUCGAUCUGAACUCAGAGCAAUCAAAUGAGAUUACUUUUGCCGAAGUUUCCUUGCCAAAUGAAUUCGAAUUUCUUCCAUCAUUAACAUAUCCCAAUAUCAGCAAAAGCGUCUUCACAAAAAUUCUCAUUCCAAAGUAUACGCAAAUCGGACCUUUAGUAGGCGUUGUCACAGCUGAAAAUGAAAUUCCUGAUGACUGCAACAUGACGAAUAUAUUUGAGAUUCACGAUAGUAUUCUGUCCAAAUCUAUUUAUUUCAAUACGGAAAACAGACAAAAGUCCAAUUGGAUUCGCUAUUUACAACCAGCACAAGCACGCGAUCUUCGGAAUUUAACGCUCAUCAAAGUUGAAGAUAAAAUUUAUUUUGUCAGUUGCAUGGACAUUAAUGCUGGUUGUGAGCUUCUUUAUUGGAGUGAUGACGUUAAUUCAGCUUGGAGCAAGAAAAAAGUCGAAAAGACAAAUUGUGGCGGUUGCAAUUUGCGGUUUGAACAUCCUCUACAUUAUCGUACACAUUGUUCCGUCUUUCAUGAUCCUAGUUUUAGUCUUACUAUCAGAAAAUAUCAUUGUAAGAUUUGUGGUGUGGCAGUGUUGGGAAAGGAAAACAUUAUGAAGCACGCAGAGAAGCUUCACGAUGGCAAAGGCGCUUAUCAAUGUCAGUAUUGCAAGAAAUUCUUUUUACGAUUAAAUUAUUUAGAGAUGCAUCGAACAUAUGGAUGUGCAGCCAAUCCUCAACGGGCCCGACCCCUUUGUGACUUUUGUGGAAGGAAAUUUUGUCAACCACAAAAGCUUAAAGUUCAUAUUAAACGAAUGCACAGUGACAUGGCUGAAGUUUUACGAGACUUUCAAUGUAAACUUUGCUCAAAGCUCUUGGGAUCGCGUGCUGCAUUACAACGACAUUCGAAGGAAGUUCACAGUCGAAAUUCUGCUGUCGUCAGUUGCCCAAGAUGUCAAAAGCUCUUCCAAAAUAGAAGCAAUCUUAAGAUUCAUAUGUUAACUCAUAGUGGAGUGCGACCAUUUAAAUGCGCUGAAAAUGAAUGUUCUGCGGCUUUUACAACAAAACAAUGUUUACAAUUUCAUUAUAAGAAAGUUCAUGGUUUCACUCAAGAACAAAUGCCAAAGAUUGAGCGAAGUGUCGCGUAUACUUUUGACGCUUAUUCUGGAGGAUUAAAGAAUGAAGCUUUAGAAGGAAUGACGAGAAGACAGCGCAAGAAUUUAGGCGAAUCACUUGACAAAGUCACAAGAAGAAUGCCGCAACGAGAAAAAGAAAUAAUUCUAAAGGAUAAAAACUUUUUGUCUUCUAUCACUGAUCUGUGUAAAAGUGAGAAUAAUUUGAAUCUUCUUUCAUCGAAAAUUUCAUCAAUAUUAAAUAGCAACUUAAGAGAUAUCAAUAAGAAGCUGCUAAGUGAGAAGCCAGAAGAACUCAGUAUGGAAGAUGACGAAGAAAAUUUCGAGAAUGUCAACGAUUACACUGACAGCAUGAAUGCAUCGGGGAUGGAACAGAAGUCUAUGUUGAGUAAGAACAUGAGAGAUUUACUUCAGCAAAAACGAAAUGAAGAAGUAAACGAUUCAUUCUCUGGGAAUGAUACAAAUGAUCUUGAACAUGACGAUGAUGAUUGCGAUGGUGAAGACAGUGAUGGAAAUUCUUUCAAGACACCCAGUCGCAGUGGCAUGUUGGAAAAUUCUCAACUUCCAAUCACUUCAAAUCCACGUUUUAAAGAUUUUCUUCUCCAAAAUAAUCCAAAUUUGGUAAUCAGAGGCUUCUAUAAUGGCAACAUAAAUUCUAAUCGAAGCAUAAAUGGAUCAGUUCCAACAUCAGCGAGUCUUCUUGUUGAAGCUGCCCUUAAUUCUGUCAGUAACAUGAUUGAGAGUAGUGAAAUUAGUGAUGGUGGCACAAGUCAUCAGAUUAAUUUGAAUCAAGAUGAAACACCACAACAAGAUAUGUCUGAUGAUAUGACAAGUCAAGAAUUCCAAAACUCACAAACUAUGAUGGAAUCUGUUGAUGACAACCUUAAAUUGAUGAAAUCACAAAACUUUCCCAUUCAUUUACCAUCAAUGGCUUCAUUUAAUAAUAAUGUAAAUACGAAUUUGAUGUCAGAGAACAAUGAAAUUGAAGUUGAUGCUUCUUCAACGCCUAAGCCACACGAUAAGCUUUGUUCAUUCGCAUCAUCUGGUGACAAACGUUUAAACAUGACUUCAUUUCAGAAUCAAGCAAAUGAUUCAUGUUCGCCAAGUCGGACAUUAACGCCAGACAAGAAGAACCCAAAUUAUAAUCCAAACUUUACUUCACAAAGAAAUCUUCAAGCGUCACAAAUCCAAACAUCGCCAAAUCAAAUGUCAGCUCGCACAAUGUAUGGCUCCGAACAUAAUAUUGAGUCACCAGCAUCAACACCAUCACUUCCACGAUAUGAUUUUGGCGGUGAAAGUUAUCAGCGAUCUGAGAAGAGCAUGAGUGGUGGUGGUGUGUUGAGUAACGUUGAAUAUCAGAAAAAUAUUCAAAGCAUUCAACAACAGCAAACAUCACAAAGUACGCACAUCUCGAGUGAUGAUGAAAAUUCAAUUGUCAUUGCUGAAAAUCUUAGUGUCAGCCAUCAAAGUCAGAAUCAUAUCAUAAACGAAAAAAUCAAACUUAAUCCCCAAGUCGAUCUUAUUUAUGCUAACAAUGGAAAGUAUGAUAAUAAUUCGCUGGCAAUCAGCAAUCAAACAAAUCAAAUGCACCGUGAAUCGCUUAGCGAUUUGCGUUUGAAGUACAACGAGCAAGGUUUACAAAACCAAGAUUACACACGCAACUCGGUGUCUCAUGAGAAUAUUAAUGGUGGAAAUGGAUCUGAUUAUCAGGGUCUUGAUAUGUCAUCACGUGCUGGUCUUGGAUAUCAUGCACAUAAUUUUCAACUCACAUCAUCUGUUGGAUCAAAUUUAAGCUUCAAUCGUUAUCAACAUCAUAUUUAUGACAUUUUAACAGAUCGUGAGCAAAUCGCACAAUCGCAACAACACCAAGAUCAUCAACAUCAUCCUUUCCAGAUUCAACAACCCCCACAACAACAAAUUCAACAUUUGAUGCAAGACCACAUAUCGCAUGAUCAAGAAUCUGAUCAGAUGCAAUCUGGUGUUGAUUUGAGUAGAACAUCUAACACAUACAUUGUACCUUCGUCUCCACCACAUCUUCCUUAUUCGCAUACACAUUCAGAAAUGCUUCGAAUGGCUUCUUUAGAUUUAAGUUCGAGUAGUUCAGGAGCUUCACCCAGCAUUGUUGGCACAAAUAAUUCUCAUCAUGUGCGACAUCAUUCAUCUUUUCUUUCUCAUGCGACAAGCAGAGAUCUUCCUGAUCAUCAUCGCUUCCUUUCAGCAACAGAUCAACGAAUGCUUGUUGAUCCAACAGCACAUUUGAUACUCGAACAAAAUAAUCGUUUGCUUUCAUCAGAAAACAAUCGAAUUUUGGAUCAGUCAAGACUGUUGUCUGAUGGUCAAUCAAAUCGUCAUGUUGUCUCGCCACGUGGUUUUGGAGCUUAUCAUCAUCCUCAUCAUACACAUCAUCAA